CGUGUCGCUGCUUUGGUUCCUGAAGCCGGUGAAGCCUUUAGCUUCCUCAAAGAAGUUUAAUCUUUUACACCAUUCCGACUGUUUUUGUUCAUUAACAUGGCUGUGAACACAGGCACGUCCCUGGUUCUGUCCAGUCUCCUCUCUGUGCUGGUCUUCGCUGGGAUGCAGAUGUUCAGUAAACAGCUGGGCUCCACAGAGUGGCUCACUAUUCUGGGAGGCUUCCUGGGCUCAGUCCUCUUCAUCUGCUCCCUCACUGCCUUCAAUAACCUUGAAAAUCUCAUCUUUGGAAAGGGAUUUCAAGCCAAAAUUUUCCCAGAGAUUCUGCUGUGUCUGUUCCUCUCACUGUUUGCCUCUGGUCUGGUUCACCGUGUUUGUGUUACUACAUGCCUGAUCUUUUCCCUGUUCGCCUUGUAUUACAUCAACAAAGUGUCUGCGGCCCUGUAUCAAGCAGCCGUCCCCACAGUGACCCCGGCUAAAACUGCCAGCAAGAGCAAGCGAAAGAACUGAAAGAACUAUACUCAGCGUUUGUCACAGCGUCUCUGUAUUUUACACUUUCACUUCAAUGUCAGACUUCAAUUAUGAUUUAUACAUGUGUAGUGCAUCUGCCCACAUUCCAUCUGUAAAAUGUAACAUGCACCAGUCUGGUUUCAAAUUAUUACAUUGAAGUUAAGUCUUGAGCUAAGUAUUUUUUCAUUCAUUUUAUAAAUAAACUUGAAGGAAACGUC